CGGAAACUUUUCUUGAAUGUCAGGAAGGAAUUUUUAUAAAUAUCAUUGAGACAAACAUGUUUUACAGCACAAAAUAUAGUGCAAAGCUUCUGUUUCCUUUAAUAAAAGCUCCCAAACAGAAAUGGACGAAUAUUUGACGUGUUUGGGAGUAAAUGAAAAUUAAUUUUUAUAAUACACGUAUGACAUCUGGAAAAUAAAUAUGAGUGUUGUUCCUAUAAACCUCUUGAAUUCCUCAGUAAUUUGUGCAUUGGGUUAAAGAAUGCUCGCUUAUGCAGCUAAGUGUAAGGACGCAAUUAUAUGGAUGAAGACGGUAAAAGGAAGUUUCACUCAAUACUCACUCGGAGUCUGUGACUGCAGCAAGCAAACUAGAGUGUGGUAGUCCUUGCACACAGUGAGAAAGAUGGAGAUAUGCAAAUCUGUCCUCGUGUGCACUGUGUAUGUCCACCUGCUUAUAAACCUUGUUUCAGGACUUGCAAUACCGAGAUGCAUACAAGGCUGGCUUGACAUCCCGGAUGAAAACAUCACUGUUAUUAAAUGCAGCGACAUCUCUUGGACAGAUACAGUAGAGUGGACAUUAGAGAAUGAAGCAGAAAACCAGACAGUUUUUGAUGGUUUGUGUGGUAUUACUAUUGGCAUCUGUCGUAGUAACAACAACGAUAUUUAUUUGGAACGUCGCAGUGCAUCAUCAGAGGCAUCUCUGUACAUCGUUAAAAAUCACUGGAGCUAUGGCGGCCUUCGCUUGACCUGCUCUACAAACACUCAAGUCGCGUCGUGUAUCACCAAUGUUAUUCACUCUGCAGAGCUGAGCAGCUGUAGGACUGAAAUUACCCAGGCGUCAUGGCAACUGACAGUCACGUGUAACGUUGACAAUUUUUUAUCGUCCCACAAACCGGGCAGGUGUGGAGUGAUUCAGCAUGUGGAAGGAAAGACAGAGCCAUCGCAGAGUUUCAAAACAGUCAUCUGCCCCCUUGUCUUACAUAACUGCACCAACCAAACAAAUCUGCAGAUUUACCAGAAAGGCAACUGCAGCUGUACCAUUGACCUUCCUGAUGUAAUUGGUAAUUAUUCCUACAUCAUGAAGAUCUUACCUGGCGCAGCGCAAGAGAUAGCAGGAGAGGCGAGGAUUGACAAAUCAGAAACAGACUGCAUGAUAUUCAUGAAAGAGAAUCCAGGUGGCAGCUGUAAGUGCUAUCAACGAGAUCAAGGAUCUUUUUCUACCACACCAGGCACGGGACAAGCCGCGAGGUACGUGUGUAUCCUUGUCAGGUCAUCCACAUCACAGACUGGUGGACAAUCAAACAACACUUGUCAAAACCCGUAUCCUCCUACAUCACCACCUAUCAUAAAAGGUAACGAGAACAUCUUGAUUUUGGGAGAAAAUAAAACCUUGACUUGUACGGUCAACGGUGGAAAACCGUUGGUUUCGUCAGUUAUUUUUGUCUGUGGGAACAAAACUGGCACACCUGACUUUGGGGAUGACGAGUCCGUGUCGAGUUCUAUCAACUUCCAUGUUCAGGUUCACCACCAUUUCACAUCGUGUCAGUGCUCUGCUAUAUGGCAGAGAAAACCUGAACUGUAUCUAGACAAGUCCUUCAUCACGCUAUACGUAAAGCAAGGCGAGACCGAGGAGAAAACCGAGUUGCUAGCACAGACGACAGUUGUGACUCCAGUAACCAAGCUUCAAGGUUCAGGUUCGUCUUCAUCAAACAAAGAUAAUCCUCUGCUGCCAGUCCUUGUUGGCGUCGGUGCAGCAUCCGUGGUCCUAGUCCUUAUUAUCAUCAUCAUCGCGAUCACUUUGGUCAUCAAAGGGAAGCGAUCGCGUACGUACAUCUUCCUGUAACUGUCGUUUCUCAACUCGCAUCUCCUUGUCGCUGUUCUCAAAAAAAAAAAAAAAAAAAAAAAAAAAAAAAAAAAAAAAGACAUUGUCUCCCUUUGUCGUGUAACCUUUUAGAAACUAUGGUCAUGGUUCUCAUCGGUUUACAAGCGGCACACUUCAUAGGUAUCCGCAGACAUAUGUAGUCCAGAAUCCCAUUAAAAUAUUUUUAGAUACUGUUAGGCUAGAGAUGAAGGUAUACCAGCGAAUCUACUGCGCGCCUGAUCACUUUUAGUGCUCAUAAUAAACAAAAUAAAUAAGACUUUAUAGUAUAAGUCAAAAUCAGGUGUUUGUAGCAACAGUAUGUUUUACAUGACUAGUUCAUCUUAUUCUUUAUUUUUUGUUGUUCUUGUUGUUGUUCUUCUUGCUGUUCUUGUUGUUGUUCUUGCUAGUGCAUCUGUGUGGUGUGCAAUAUCUUUUAUCAUGUGAAAGAGUAAACAAAAGAACAUGAUUGCGUGUGAAAAUCAUUUGAUGUGGAUUCGUACAACCUAUAAUGAAGACGAAGCUGCCUAUCUGCUGGUCAUUUUUAUUUCCAUCGUUGUUAUUAUUUCCGUCAAUAAAAUGAAAAAUAUGCAUAGGUGAAGGUGGUUAGUCUUUGUUAGUGAUCAUCGAAUAACUUGCGGACUCUCACAUCGAGAAAGUGUCGCGCUUGUAACAAGUUUUAAGAUACACGAUGCGAUUUAUACAAGUGAACCAACUAUCCAAUCCGCGAUAACCUUAAACUCCAAGGUGGACAACAACAGUCAAGUGGCUAAUCACAUCGUAAAUGCAAUGGUAAGUAUACGUAUACAUCAUUUUGAAAACGAUAUCUUUAACAAUUUACAUUUCUAAGUUCUAAAAUGACAAGUUAAUACAACUUUAAUUUAAUUUGAUAAGAUUGUUUCUCUCUGUGUGUGUGGUUGGGUUAGAGAGAGAGAGGGAGUAAAAAAGAGUAAGUUUGUCUCUGUAAGUGUGUAAGGGAGGGGUUUGAGCUCGCGUGAUAGUAUUCGUAAGGUUGCAUGCGUGUUUGACUAAAACAUUUAGUACUUAUCAACGAUGUUGAGGUGACUUUUUUUCUCCAUCGGAUCCUGUUGUAAUUUAAACUAUUCUCUCAAGUUCUAAAAAUCUUCCUCCUUCCUCAAAACAAGUUUCCAUUUUUUCUUAGUUUUCUCUCCUCUUGCUUUCUAAUUCAAGCUUUUUUUUAAAAUUCAAGAAUGUUAUUUUUAGAGAAAUAAUGGCUUCCAGUGUGACAUGAACAUGUUUUGAAUCAGUCAAGAUUAAUGAUCUAUGCAGGUCACAGUAUAUGCUGUAAACGUGCAGUAAAAUAAGAGCUUGUGUUAUACAACACUGCAGUGGCGAGAAGACAAGCAAAGGGAAGAUACUCCGUAUAAAUGUGUAUAGCUUAACUCCCUUCAAUACCUACCAUCAGAUCUAAAAGUAGAGCAGAUUAUUCCAAUUAUUCGUGAAGUUAUGCUCGAAUAUUUCAAGAAACACCAUUCAGACAAGAAAAAUGUAAUUACAUUAAUUACAUAUCCUUUUUCUGUUGUAUAAUGAUAAAGGAUAAAAUAUUUUAAAAAGUUUUUAAUCAAUGCAAGUGCAAUGCACAAAUAGGUUUCACUUCGAUCAACAGAAAUCUCCGAAAAAGGCCGAUGUCAAGAAAACUAUUAACUACAAUAACAAUAAAUAACAUUGUGAAUUAAGAGCAUUUUAUCCCAUCAUUAAACGCUAGCUCAAAGUGCUGAACACAGAAAAACACAUAAACAACAAUAAUAGUAGUAGUCUCAAAACAAAGAGUUGUGUCCUCAUAUUGAGACAAAAGGUGAAUACCAUCAGGAUAGUGGCAGUCACCACAGCACAAUACUAAUAACUAAAUAUCCAUCUCCCUUUCUCUUUUUUUCAAUACUUCUAAUUUGUGGCUGUGAAUUGUAGCUGUUGCAGUGUCAGUGGUAAUAGAAGUUGUGGCAUCAAAAACAUAUUAUUAUCUUUUUUUUUUUUUUUUUUUUUUUUUUUUUGAAUAUAUAUAUAUGGCUCACAGAGGUGGCAUCAACACAAUGGAUGUCAACAAAUAAAUCAGGAGAAAGCAGGAGGCAAGAUUAAAGAACAGAGGGUCAAAUCCACUCUUCUUGACUCAUGGAAAUCCACAAUCUAGAGCAGAGGGGAAAAUGUUGCAAGGAAAAUGUGAAAACUUGGAAGAUGUGACGAGAACUAAGGAUUCAAAUGUUAGCUGAAGUCGAGGAGGAAACAUAAAAUUGUGGAGUGAUCAGCAAAAGCCCAUGACUGAAGAGGCUGUGACUGUCGAGCUAUGAAAACAACUGUAGUUGCUUGCCCCUUGCUGUGAAGAACCACUGUAAGAACCAUUUUAUGGAGAUGUUUUGGAAAAGGGUUUCUUGGUCACGUGACUGG